ACUUCAAUGAUUGUGAAAAUAACUGGUCAUGUACUUGAAGACACCCCAUUGGAUGGCAGCCUGGCUGCACCUCCCUGUUCCCUAAGCUUUAAUUUACUAAGCUGCAUCAAUUCCUCUAAUUUCCAUGAAUACCCAUGUCGGCUUUGCCUCUGCCUUCUUUUAUAAUAAGCUUCUUUUGGACAUUUUGGUCAAAUAACCAUCUCCUCAGACCAACCAAAGUUCAACGGACCAAAACUAAAUUCGCUGGAAAUUGCAAGGGAAAUGUCCUGUAACUUAUAUGGGCGUACAAAAGCUUGUCGAUUUCUUACAGUUUAAUUACCAAAUAUCAACCCCAGAUCAACAAUUUCAAUUAUUUAGUGCUCAUUUCUUCUGGAGAAACUCCAUUUCUCAUUUCUCAGUUUCAAGAGUUCUCUGUUCAAGAUGGAGAUGAACAGGGUUUCUCCAAUGCGCAUCCUUGUUUUCAUAGCUGCAUUCGUGGCCGUUUCUUCCUCUUCUUCUUCAUCUGCAGAUGAUUCCAAAGGAACUUUCGCAGAUAUGUUCGAAAUGUCUUGCCCUGAUGACCAUUUUAAAACCUCCGAAGAUGGCCAGAUCUGGCAUUUGUCUUUGGACAAAGAUGCAGGCUGUGGGUUUCAGACAAAGGAGCGAUAUAGAUUUGGUUGGUUCAGCAUGAAACUGAAGUUGGUCGGAGGUGACUCUGCCGGUGUUGUCACAGCUUAUUACAUGUGCACGGAGAAUGGGGCUGGACCAGAGAGAGAUGAGCUAGAUUUCGAGUUCUUGGGGAAUAGAAGUGGGCAACCAUAUCUGAUUCAGACGAAUGUUUACAAGAACGGGACUGGGAACCGUGAGAUGAGGCACAUGCUGUGGUUUGACCCCACAAAAGACUUCCAUACGUACUCCAUUCUCUGGAACGACCACAGAAUCGUGUUUUAUGUGGACAGAGUACCAAUAAGAGUGUACAUGAACUCAGAUAAACCAAACAACUUCUUCCCUAAUGAGAAGCCUAUGUACCUGUUCUCGAGCAUUUGGAACGCAGAUGAUUGGGCUACAAGAGGCGGAUUGGAGAAGACGAACUGGACAAAGGGGCCAUUUGUAUCCUCGUAUAAGGAUUUCAAUGUAGAUGCUUGUCAAUGGGAAGAUCCAUAUCCGAAAUGCGUAUCGACAACGACAGAUAACUGGUGGGAUCAAUAUGAGGCUUGGCAUCUAUCGGAAUCUCAGAAACUGGAUUAUGCUUGGGUUCAGAGGAACCUUGUAAUUUAUGAUUAUUGCAAGGAUAUGGAAAGGUUCCCCACUUUGCCUUGGGAGUGUUCAUUGAGUCCAUGGGAUUGAGAUUUGAGAACUCGUACCAUUUUGAUUUCUUUUUAGCUUCGCUCCGUGUCAUGAAUGCAAUUGCAUACACCCAAUUUGAUUGUUGUA